CCCCAGUGAGAGUCGUCGAAGGCCCAGUCAGCAGCGGAGCCAGGCGAGCAUAUAGCAGCUAGUCUUGCGAAAUGAUUGAAUGGGGUUUAUCCGAUGUUUGGAGUACAUGAGGCCGUCCAUUCGCCUUGUAUCCCCCCUUGCACUCGUCUUUUCAUCUGGCCUAAAUGUCAUUUCCCGCUUCGGUCCAUACGGUCCAUCUGACACGAGCACGAGGUGGUCGACCACGGAAAGAAGGCUCUGGAAUUGAUAAUGGAUCCCAAGACCAGUAUGAUCUCGGUCCCGGAGGACCUGUAUUGGAUUUCGGAAGAGACGGAGGAGCUCGGCUGAUCCAACAGGGCAAGAGGUGGAGAUGGGUUUGGGCAAACGAACCAGAUGGAGAGGAUAAAUUGGAGCUGAAGGAGGAUGCGAAACUCUUGUACCCGGGGACUCGUCUUCUUGAUCCACCAGCCCCUCCUCAUCAAAUCGUAUUGGAUUCAGCGAGACAAUACCUCGAAAAGACCUGCCCCGACAUAGUCCUUGGAGAAGUGGGUAUACCACCAGAGAUCCAACACGAAAUUCAACAUGGUAUGGACUCCCUGCAAGACGAUAUCUACAAGGGUAAAAUACUGGAGCUCGUUCAUAAUCCUCGAGCGAAUCUCGGUCGAACUGUCAUGUGUUUUCCAACCGGGCAACUCGGGAGUCAUCUCAAUGUGUCACCUUUUCUACCUCCGUCCAACGCGCCGGUCUUUGGACGCAGUGACUGUCGAUUCGUGCCUAGAGCAAGGCCCGCUCUACGAUUCCCGAAUACAAUAUUGCAGAUAUGCUCCUCACCCAUCACUCAGCCACGUCUUAAUCGCGACGCUACAGUCCUGGGAAUCCGACUCCAUUCCUUCACACACCUUGUCAAGCUCAUACCAAAUCCUUCGUACCUUGGAGACCCGGAUGAUCCGGCGUGCUACGCCGAGAUCAUGGCGACUCUAUCCAGUCGUGAAACAGGAGGCAGACGACACGUCGAUCUGGUGCUGGAUCCUACUACUUGGUCACGAGCUCUGAUUGUCGAUGAUAGCGGUGCCGUCUGGUUCUGGUGGGAGGAGCGUUCAGAGUUGGCGGAAAAGGUCGUCGUGACGUACCGGACUCGGCAUGUACGUAACUCAGGAGGCAACGAAACAGACGGCUCCAGUACGAACGGUUGGUAUAAUGUGGCCUUCGGAACUCGACCGGGCACUGCUCUCGUGGUGUCUCGAAAACAAGUCACACUCCUCGACAUUGAGUCAGAUAAGCCUGUUGAUCCGAUCAUACUGAUCACUUUGGAGGGUCAAAGAGAAUUCGUCGGUAUCGAGAAGACUGCCAUGAUUCGAGGGGUGACCUAUACGCUCCUCUGCACCACAAAAGAGAUCAUGUUGAUUGAUGAUCAUGCCAUUGGGCCACCGGUCCUGUCGUUGAUGCACAACUAUGGAUCAGGACAGCAGAAGGAUCUGGAAAUGUCAUUCAUCCGGUCAGAGGACCAUGGCGAUUGCACUUUUCUCUCAUCUAGGUCGAAUCCGCUCGUCAUGGUCUUCAGGCUAUCUUUCGAUCCACCCGUUCGUUCCUUGACCACUCCAUACAGUCUUCAUCUCCCGCUCUCGUCCAUGGACAAACCUCUCCAAUCCUUCAAUAUCAUCCGUCUGUCUCGCUGGCGGCCACAUCGAAGAUCUCAUGCUCUCCUUGGUAUGUCUUGUGAUGGCUCACUCUGGGCAAUGCCAGUUCAGCCGUCCAAGGAGAACACAUCGAGGUCCAGUUCGACACGGCAGUCAUCUCCGCUGGAGUAUGUCGAGCUUAAGGUUGAUUGGGACCCGGAGAUCAAAGCUCUGGCAAAAUCCCGCGAAAUCGAAAGCACCGCUGAGACCUGGAACAAGAUUGGGCAUGGCCGCGGAGUCACUCGAUACCAGUCAUACGACGCACGAUGGGCCUGGCUGGAAAUCAACAUGGAGCCUUUUCCUCAGACGAAUUUUCAUCUACGCGAGUUUGAGCAAUAUCUCAGGGAAAUCGAAGCGCCUUUCGAGCAGUUCAUGACAGCUGGCGACCUCGCUCAAGGCCUUUAUCGGAGGGCUAAAUCAAAAAUCCGAUGCAGCUCGCUUCUUCCAUUGCCGCUUGUCGAGCGUCCAGCCGAGCUCGACCGAUUAGCUCAACUAGACUAUGCUCGACAUUUCAAUGUCAUUGCCUCUCGCUCAUCUGCGAGCCUGGCCGAAUUACAGGCUCUUUUCCCGCAUCUGUCACCAAACGUCGCGUACAGGAAGCGACAUCGUGCGCAUCUGCUCCGUCUGGCUUUGGAUUUAGCUCUAUCCAAGAUCAUACUACACACGGACGACUUUGGGACCACGAGCCUCGACUCAGCACAAGGCACGUCAGACACAGCGGAGGAUGAUGAUGUCGCUCGUGCCGCGGGCCGAUUGACAUUGAGCGAUAAUGACCCACCGUCAAUAGCUUUCUCAAUUCUAGAACCAAAGCUUGAGCGAGCGGGGUCAGUCGAGCCAGGAGCGGAUACAAGCUCCACGGACAUUCCUGGAGAGAUUCCAACCGUCGAGUCGCUUCAGACCAUCACAGCUAGGACCCUUCUUGCUGAAUGGACUUCAGCAGAUCCCAAAAGUUACACAUGGACCCCUUGGCGAGAUACUAGAGAGUCAUCGACGAGCUCGAUCAGUCGGCCCGUCAAACCUCUGCCCUCGCCUCGGGCUACAGGCCAACAGAGCGGAGUGGCAUUUGGAUCCUCAUCUCAGCCUCCUUUACUUGCUGGUGCUGGCUCUGUCCCCAUACUUCGGGUCGCCCCUCCAGUCACGUAUAUGACUCAAGUACCGCCUUCUUCCUCCCAGGACCCUAUGCCUUUCGCUCAGACCCAAGUCGAGCGAGGACCCUUCGGAGCGAGGUCAGGCGGUGGCGGGAUUGGUAAGAAGAAGGCGAAGAAACGCGUUGGCGGGUUCUAGCGCCUGGUACCUGAUACUCGGUCGUCAAAUUUACAUGCGUCAAGUAUGCCUUUUGGUCACUACCUUUCCCUCUGCCUCAUUGAACCACACAAAGGCCUUCAUCGACCAUGGUCGGCACCUC